AUGGCAUACUACGAGGAUCGCCGUCAUCGAGAACCCCGCGAUCGCUAUGCACCCCCGGUCAGCUACAAUGAUCCGUACGAUGAUCCCCGUGGCCGCUACAGAAGACACGAGCGGGACUCAUAUGUUCCACGUAUGAGCAACGACUCGGUGGAGGAAGUCCAACGUGACUACCCGCCAGGCUCAGACCGUGCAUAUGAGCGCAGUUAUGAUUCGCGUCAGCCGAGGCGCCCUGUCUAUCAGAAUGCCCGCCGUGCCUCCUCUGUCAGCGGUUACGAUCCAUACUACGAUACUGCAUACCGAACCUCCCGUCCUCGUCGGGCCAGACACUACGAGGAUAGAAGUUCCCGUCGCCCCAAGUACGAUUCUGCUUCAUCACCAAGUCCCUCCCCACCCCGCCAUAGACGCCGCAAGUCUUUUAGCGAGCAAGCUCUAGGUGCCCUCGGACUCGGGGGCGCCGCUGCAACUGCCAGCCGCGGAGACCACGGCCGCGGCCGCUCCCAUGCCCGCCAUCGCCGUAGAUCGUACUCAAGGUCAUCAUCGGAUUCUCGCAGUCCCAGUGGCCACCGCGGCAGCAGCAAGCGUGAGAAAAGCCAGCAGCGCAUUGCACAGGCUGCUCGUGCCGCCCUGACCGCCGGUGCAGUUGAGGCGUUCAAACAACGCAAACAACCUGGCGAAUGGGCUGGCGCAAAAGGAAAGCGCGUACUCACUGCUGCCGUUACUGCUGGUGGCACCGAUGGUCUCGUUGACAAAGAUCCCAACAAGCACGGUUCACGCCAUGUUGUUGAAUCUACGCUUGCCGGUCUGGCCGCCAGUCAUCUCAUAGGCGGUGGCUCACGCUCACAAUCCCGUGGCGGCAAGGGUCGUUCUUCAGCAAGCAAUGGAUUGAAGACUCUCGCUGCCACUGGUGCUCUCACUGCUGCGGGAAAAGAAAUCUUUGACCGGGUCUCACGAUCACGGUCUCGGCAUCGCGGCCGCAACGAUUCCCGUGACAGUGACGAGAGUGACCGCGGCCAUAAGAAGCGCAGCAAGAGCGUUUCGGAGUACAUCACGAAGGGCAUUGCCGCAUUGGGACUUGGGGAAGAAGAUGAUCGACACCGAGAUGAUCGGAGUCGAGACGGCAGAGAUGACCAUAGGGAACAUCAUCGGGGACAUAGGGAGCAUCGGGACGAUCGUGAGCGGCGCCAUCGCCGGGGACGUCGACACGAUGACUAUUCGGAUUCAGAUGAGGACAGUGAUGAUUACUGGAAGGACUCGAGACGGAGCAGAGGCUCGAGAGAUGUAGGUCGACACCGUUCCUUGCACGAAAGGAACCCACCCCCUCAUGCACCCACCAGUGCUCCGCGCGCUGAAUCGGGUGCCAAUUCUAAAGACCGCGGCCACGCGUCGUCGAGUUCGGAGAGUGAUUCUGACAUAGGCGACAGUUCUGAUGAGAAGAAAAAACGCAAGAAGUUGAAGCGGGACAUGCUUCUGACGGGAGGUCUGGCUAGUGUGGCCACUAUUCACGCUGCGCACGGGCUGUAUGGGAGCAUGGAAAAGAGGAAGAAGCGCCUGCAAAUGUUGAAAGAGGGCGAGAUCACGCCCGAGGAGGCCCGAAAACGCCGCAUAAAAGCUAACACCAUGGACGCUGUGAGUAUCGGCCUUGCUGCCCUCGGCAUCAAGGGCGCAUACGAUGAAUGGCAUGAAGUUGUCGAGAAACGCAAAGAGAACCACCACUUCCAGGAGGAAUGCGCCCGCCGGGCUGUCAAGCGUGAAAUGCGUCGUGCUCAUAGCCAAGGUCCUGCGUCAACCCGGCAUCGCUGGCCUGACGAAAUUGAACAAGCCCCUUCAACCAACGAAUCCCGGACCGGCCAUGCCCCUGAUCACCGUGAUGGAAGUGCCUAUGGCUCCCAUGAGACGCCACAGAUAUCUUACUAG